AUGACCAGCGACCCGAGUCAAAAUGGCGAGAGCAAGGGCUAUCCCCUCGCCACCGUCCCUACCUCCGUUACCCUUUCCGCCGAGCAGUUCGAGAAGCUGUACCUCUCCCCCAUGACGCGCCAGCAGCCUACCCUCGCUAGGAGAGUCGGUAAUCCAACUCCAUUGGCACUUGGUGGCUUCGUCAUCACCACAACUCCGCUUUCCUGUUGCUUGAUGGCCUGGCGAGGGGCGAGUGGUAAUGGCAUUGCAUUUAUUGGGCCAAUUGUCUUCCUCGGAGGCCUUCUACUACUCAUCACGAGUAUUCUUGAAUUCAUCCUCGGAAAUACAUUUCCCUGCGUUGUUUUCGGGACAAUUGGAGGCUUCUGGUUUGCCUUUGCGGCUACCAUGAUCCCCUCAUUCAAUGCGGCCGCGCCCUACUCCUCAUCGGGCACCAGCACAACCGCCGGUCUUAGUGACCCCAGUUUCAUGAACACCUUCGCGUUCCUCUUAAUAACAAUGGCCGUUCUCAUGCUAAUCUUCCUGAUCUGCGCAACCCGCACCAACCUCGUCUACACGCUCAUCUUCCUCAACCUGCUUCUGGUCUUCCUGCUCUUAUCCGCCGGGUACUGGAGCCUCGGCGAGGGCGAUGCUGUUGUCGGCAAUAGAUGUGUAAAGGGCGCUGGGGCUACAUUGUUCGUCGCCAGUCUCCUGGGCUUCUACCUGCUUAUUGCUCAGCUUUUCGAUGCCGUUGGGCUGCCGGUUACCUUGCCGGUGGGUGAUUUGGAAGGAUUCUGGAAGAGGUAUCAGAAGUAA